UGUUUUGAUAAAGUGUCCCUGUCAUGGGAGCGCUCACGUCCUCUGAACCAGUUCAGUCCUGUCUGCACGCCUCCAACUGGGACUGAGAAACAUUUACCAGGCAUCCGUUCUUUUAGAAGAGAGCAGAAAAGGAUGAAGUCCCAAGGGUUAGUAUCAUUCAAGGAUGUGGCUGUGGAUUUCACUCAGGAGGAGUGGCAGAAACUGGACCCUGCUCAGAGGACCCUGUAUAGGGAUGUGAUGCUGGAGAACUACAGCCAUCUGGUCUCAAUGGGGCACCCAGUUUCCAAACCCGAUGUAAUCUCCAAGUUGGAACAAGGAGAAGAUCCAUGGAUCAUUAAGAAAGACAUAUCAAAUUGGAUUUAUCCAGACAGGAAGAGUAACCUUGAAAACCCCCAAUCAUGUAUUUUUGGGUCUUUUUCCUUCCAUAAUAAGACACUGAAAGGAGUCACAAAGGAUGGUUCAUUGUACUCCAUUUUAAAAGUAUGUCACGCUGAUGGCCAGCUGCAGAGAUGUCCACAAAAUCAAGACAGACUUUUCAGUCAAGUAACAGUUAUCAGUAACAACAGAGUGACUGUGGAGGCAGGCCAUAAAUAUAAGGCAUUGGGGAAAAUGUUUCAAGAGUUCAUAGAGCCAGAUACUUCAAGACAAAGACCCCAUAACUAUGAUGAAUUUAAAAAGUACUUGAAAUCUAAUAUUGGCCUACCUAGUUGUAAUGAGAUUGGUUCAAGAAAAAAUCCUGAUGAGAGAUUUGGAUGUGAAAAAUCAUCUAGCCACAAUGUGUCCAAUUCUAAUCUUGAGAAAAUUCAAAAUGGAGUAAUACCCUGUGAUGGUAAAAACAUUUUAACUAGACAAUCUCUUCUUCAUUAUAAGAAUGUUGAAACUAAAGAGAAAACUUGUGUAUGUAUUACAUGUGGAAAAGGCUUUGCUAAGAAGUUACAGCUUAUUGUACAUCAACGAAUUCAUACUGGAAAGAAACCAUAUGAUUGUAGUGCAUGUGGGAAAGGGUUCAGUGAGAAGUUUCAUCUCAUUGUACAUCAGAGAACUCAUACAGGGGAGAAACCUUAUGAAUGUUCUGAAUGUGGAAAAGCCUUCUCUCAAAAGUCAUCUCUCAUUAUACAUCAGAGAGUCCAUACUGGGGAAAAACCUUAUGAAUGUAGUGACUGUGGGAAAGCCUUCUCCCAGAAAUCACCCCUCAUUAUACAUCAGAGAAUCCACACUGGAGAGAAACCUUAUGAAUGUAGAGAGUGUGGUAAGGCCUUCUCCCAGAAGUCACAACUGAUUAUACAUCAUAGAACUCAUACUGGAGAGAAGCCAUAUGAGUGUACUGAAUGUGGGAAAGCCUUCUGUGAGAAGUCCCACCUCAUUAUACAUAAAAGAAUUCACACUGGAGAGAAACCCUACAAAUGUGCUCAAUGUGCAGAAGCCUUCAGCAGGAAGACAGAACUCAUCACACACCAGUUAAUUCAUACUGGGGAGAAACCUUAUGAAUGUACUGAAUGUGGGAAGACCUUCUCCCGGAAGUCACAGCUCAUCAUACAUCAGAGAACACAUACUGGAGAGAAACCCUACAAAUGCAAUGAAUGUGGAAAGGCCUUCUGUCAGAAAUCACAUCUCAUUGGACAUCAGAGAGUUCACACAGGAGAAAAACCUUAUAUAUGUACUGAAUGUGGGAAAGCCUUCUCUCAGAAGUCCCACCUCCCAGGACAUCAGCGAAUUCAUACAGGAGAGAAGCCUUACAUGUGCGCUGAAUGUGGAAAGGCCUUUUCUCAAAAGUCAGACCUUGUUUUACAUCAGAGAAUUCAUACUGGGGAAAGACCCUAUCAGUGUGCUACAUGUGGAAAAGCCUUCAUACAGAAGUCACAACUCACUGUGCACCAGAGAAUUCAUAACAGUGGAAAAACCAUAAUGAAGUGAACACAGAAAAGCUUUCAGUAUUAGCUCAAGCCUUAAUAAAUACUAGAAACCUGAGUAAUUUGAUAAAUUUGUGGAAGACAUCAUUAUACAUAAAAUUUUACAAAAUAAUUCAUGUCUGUAGUGUGAUGAUAUGUAAUUUAGCAAAGAUGAUGCAAAACUUAAUCUACAUGGCAUGUAUAGCUUUGAACUGAAUGGUCAAUAGAACAAAUUAUGUAUACAGAAUGAUGUCAAGUUACAUAUUCCUUAUUACACAAUAUAAUAAUAACCAGACAUUGUGAAAUUGCUAAUAUUAACUUAUCAUAGUUUUGGCCAUACAGCCAGACCCUAUAGAGGACAUGGAGAAAGCUUGAAUAAAAAAAAAGUCCUAGAAAUUGCAUUAUAAGGAAGAGCUUAGCAUGACCCCUAAUGAUACUUGUAAAAUUCUUGUGCAGUGAUGGGAAGAGAUAGUUAAUUAAAUGCAAUAAAGGUGAUGUUUAUAUGUUUCCCCAUCUCAAGCAUAUAGAUUGACCUGUAUCUCUGGAAGUGUCCUGAACCUUGAAAUGGGUGCUUCUUGACCAGGUAUCCCCUUUGUUUCCUUCACUGGGAAUUUGGAAUUGUGGAAAGACUUUGGUACAAAACCAGAUGGUCUUGGGUUUAAAUCCUGGCUCAGCUAUUCAAAGAUCGUGUGACUUCAGGCAAGCCUGCUUUGCCCAUCUGAAUAUUUUUUUCUUAUUGGUAAAUAAAAGUGUAAUACAGAGCAGAUUUUUAGUUAAUAUUAGUCCUCUUUAAUACUCUCUCUCCUGCCAUAACAGGGUGCUAAUGUCUAAAAGACACAUCUGUACUUGCACUUCAGACACUCUUGCUUUUGAUAUCUCGUUCCUAUGACUGGCUCAUUUACUGUCUUUGGUCUUGGUGGCCUUGCUUAUUGCCAUGUUAAAGUGACAUUUUAUAUUUUAUUAUACUCUUAUUAUGUUUUACAUACACUUGCAUAAACUGUGGUGACUGCACAUAAAGACCCAGUCUAAUAUCUCUUCAGUUCCUUUCUGACCCCUGCCCUGCAGCCUCAGCUGUUCUCC